GUGCGCAUGCUCAGUGGAGGCGGAAGUGCUCGGUACGGUGGUACCUCUCGUUCGGCUGUGUCCUGUUAGACACGGAGAUGGACUUUUAUCGUUAAUUAUCGUCUGAGCUACUAACUUCAGGCUGCACAGGGUGUCUGUGACGUUGGGGGCACGUUCAGAAUGAUGCGUUUCAUGCUGCUGUUCAGCCGGCAGGGGAAACUGCGUCUCCAGAAGUGGUACACAGCUACUGCUGAACGGGACAAAAAGAAGAUGGUCAGGGAGCUGAUGCAGACAGUUCUUGCUCGCAAACCAAAGAUGUGCAGUUUUCUAGAAUGGAGGGACCUGAAGAUUGUUUAUAAAAGGUAUGCCAGCUUGUAUUUUUGCUGCGCUAUCGAGGAGCAGGACAACGAGCUGAUUACUCUGGAGAUCAUCCAUCGUUUCGUGGAGCUCCUGGAUAAAUACUUUGGCAGUGUGUGUGAGCUGGACAUAAUCUUUAACUUUGAGAAGGCCUACUUCAUUUUAGACGAGUUCUUGAUGGGGGGAGAGAUCCAGGACACUUCUAAGAAGAGUGUCCUUAAAGCCAUUGAACAAGCUGAUCUACUGCAGGAAGAGGACGAGUCACCCCGUAGUGUCCUGGAGGAGAUGGGCUUGGCAUAAACUACAGCAGAACUGGAAAAUGGGAACGACACAAAACUGAGGCAGGACAGUCUUGAAUGGAACAUGCUUGGACUGAUGCUACUGGCUUUGGGGUCCAAUGUACCUUCGUUUCUGGGAAAGAGGUUCCAUUGAUUGUUGCAUUAAUCCCUUAUUUUGUGUUUGUGUUUGUGUGUGUGUGUGUGUGUGUGCGGGGGGGUUACAUACUUAAGCUGGUUUGUGCCUGGAGGAGUUCUGGUUGUUACAGACAAGACUUUGAGUCCUAAUAUGCGGUGAGGACAGCAAUAAUCCUGUGGGGUUUGCAGUUUAUUAAAAGUUCUGUUGGUCAAGCAAAGCCAUCACAGGAAUACUGGGUCAGAGAUUUAGGCAAUAAAAGUCCAAAUGUUGAGUGGCUGCUUGGGCUCAUGGCUACUAUCUGAGCCAACUGGCACGUUGGCUGAAGUUUGGACUUGAAUGAGACGUUCAAUCCCUACGGCUGUAAAGCCUUGUUGCUAAUCUCACUGCUUUGUGCAUUAAAGCCACGUUGGCCUCA